UGUGAAGAAGAGAGGUGCCGAGAAACCUGCUAAACAGCCUGCGAAGAAGGGGAAGGCUGCUGCCAAGGAUCCUAGCAAGCCUAAGAGGCCUGCCAGUGCGUUCUUCAUUUUCAUGGAGGAGUUCAGGAAGACGUACAAGGAGAAGCAUCCAAACAACAAAUCUGUUGCUGCUGUUGGUAAGGCUGGUGGAGACAAAUGGAAAUCCAUGUCAGAAGCUGAGAAAGCCCCAUUUGUCUCGAGGGCAGAGAAAAGGAAGACUGAAUACAACAAGAACAUCGAGGCUUACAAUAAGAGAAUAGUAUUAUUCUUUCCCCUAAUUGCAAUUUGCUUAUUACAUGAUUGUUUUAUUUCAAUUUUUUGUUUUUUUUGUAGUCAUAGAGCUAUUAUUUAGGCAAAAAAAAAGAAAAAAGAAAGCUUUUUGAUCAUUGGGGCAGGUUGUGUAGGAUUUCUAUAACAUGAAGACUAGUCAUUUUGGGGUUAGUCCAUCUUGAAAAAUAGUCAGUUUUUCUCUUUUUGUGCUUGUUGGAUGAUGGUGGUGGUGGUAGGUGAUGAAAGAAGUUUCAGGAAGUCCUGAAGCUCACUUAUAAAUGGGAAUGUACUUGAUGUUCUUCAAUCUUCAAUGAUUAAACUAGGGUGUUUAUAUUGUUAGAAUUCUUUGCUUCUGCCUUCGAUAUUGAAAGUGUCUCAUUGUUUUGUCAAUACCAUGGUGGUUGAUUUUAAUUGCUUGUUUGUGAUUUGUAGACUGGUUACUAAGGUUGGAAGGUACACCUUUAUUGUAGAAGAAAGAAAUUAAUUUUACUAAUCAUAUGACCA